AUGUCUGAGAAGAAAGGGGCAUACGGAACAACAGCCGCAGACACGAACUUCCGACGAAAAUGGGAUAAAGAAGAAUACGCCGAGAAGGCUCGACAGAAAGAUGCAGACGAGAAAGAACGAAUGCAGGAGAACGAGGAGCGUCUUAAGAAAGGCAAAAAGCCACGAAAAGGUCCAAAGGACGACGUGCCCAAACCAACUGAAUUGAUGAAACUCCGCGAUUUCGACCUGGAGCUCGAGAAGAACCUCAACAAAACCGUCGUGGUAGCGAACCCCACGGGUCGUGGACCAGGCCAACCUGGAUUUCAUUGCGAGAAAUGUAAUCGGACGUAUAAAGAUACGACAUCGUAUCUGGAUCAUAUCAAUAGUAGAGCUCAUCUUCGAAUGAUCGGCCAGAAAACCCAAAUCGAACGAUCCACCGUCGAACAAGUCCGUGCACGAAUAGCCUUCCUCCGCGAACAGAAACGCGAAGCCUCAAACGCAAAAACAUUCGACUUCAACAGGAGAUUAGCCGAAGUGAAGGAGAAAGCCGAUGCAGAGCGGGAAGCGAAGAAAGCUGCAAAGAAAGCUGAGAAGGAGAAGGCUCGGAUGGAGAUCCUCAAGGAUGUACAACAGGACGACGAAAUGGCUCAGAUGAUGGGAUUUGGCGGGUUCGGUUCCACCAAAAAAUAA